AUGGAGCCAAGCCAAGUUCAAGAAGGGGCAGACCAAGAAUCUAUUCCAGCGAGAGUGAGCGCCUGCGAAUCAGGCGACAGCGAGGAACAUCUCAAGAGAGGGCCACUCGCCUGGAAGCCGAUGCGGCGCGCCAGCAACGAAGGCGAAGAAAUGAGACUUUGGAGGAGCGAAAUGCGAGGUUGCGCGACAGCGCUGACAGACAGAGGCGUAGACGCCUGCAUGAGUCGCUUGAAGAACGGGCUUUGCGGCUGCUGGAAAAUUCCCAAAGAGAGCAAGAAAGGCGUGAUUCAGAAAAUGCCGCCCAAAGAUCCAACAGGCUUGAGAGAAGCGCUCAAAGAGAGCGUGGAAGGCGUGAGUCGGAGAGUAUCGAGCAAAGAGCGACUAGGUUGGCGGGAAAUUUUCAGCGGCAGCAGAGAAGGCGAGAGUCGGAAAACGCUGAGGAGCGUCAAACAAGACUCCAAGAACACGCUCGGCUCCAGCGAAGAAGACGGGAUUCAGAAGGGGUAG